AUGCAUGUUUCUAAUGCAGACUCUAUUAUGGAUAGUGAUGAUGAUGAUUGCAGAAGGUUUAUGGUGGAUGCAGCAGUCACCGAGCUUCAUCAUACGUCUGAUGAAAUUGAUGUUCCAGUUAUUUGUCUUGACGAUGAUGAUGAUGAUGAUCUUAAGUUUGAUGAGGACUACAAGUUGUUCUUUGAUAAUCAUCUUAGUAAUGAUAACACUUUAUUCCCUCCCUUUGAAGAUGACAGUGGAGAAUCUGAAACUCGUAGUCUCAAAGUCAACAUGUUUUCUAAUGAUGCAAACAGAUCAAAGAGGAAGAUAGGCGAGUUAGACGCUGCAAGUGAUGUUCUUUUAGUUAGAAGCCAAGUGAACAUCCAAGCUAGUAACAUGUCAGAAGAGUCAACAGAGGAUGAUGGGACUUUAUGGGAUGUUCCGUUGUGUAGAACCCUAGAAGUCAUCAAACGUGACAACGAAGCUAGGAAACUGGCAGAGUCAAUGGUUGACGACGACACUUCAUGGGAUGUUCCCUUGGUUAGAGUCAUCCAACGAGACAAGAAAGCUAGGAAACUGGAUGAUGAGACUUUAUGGGAUGUUCCCUUGGUUAGCGCCCAAGAAGUCAUCCAACGAGACAGCAAAGCUAGGAGAUUUUUGGAGUCAAAGGUUGACACUUUACGAGAUGUUCCGUUGGUUAGAACCAGAGAAGUCAUCCAACGAGACAACAGGAUGUCUGAGCGAUGGAAGAAGAGAGUUGGUGAAACUAAGGCUCUUCCUGUGAAGCGAGUACAUAGAGUUACAGAGACUAAGGUUGUAGAAGAGACACAAAGCUAUCAAGGAGUUUCUGUAGGGACAAGGAAGAAGAGUGUGGAAGAGGUUGUGGAUAAGGACUACAUGAGUUACCUCACAUGGCUUGUAGACUCUUUCAAACAUCCCACAACUCUCCCUGAAAAGGAUCUAUCGGCAAAAGUAAAGGUUGAGGUUGAGUCUUGGUCUGAUGAUGAUGAUGAUAUAAUUGAGGUUAGUGAUUCUCCCUUCACGGAUGGAGAGAGCACACCUUUCGUGGUGUCCAAGAACAAGAUCGUGAUCGAUCUUGAGAAUGAUGAUAGUACAGAGGAUGAAAGUGGUAGUUGUGUGUUUAGAAAUGAGCUAGUGCAUGUUCUUGAGAAACCAUACGAUGCAGGAGAGUUGUUGUUGCUGUCUGGUCAGGCGUCGAGGAAGAAGCGAGUGAGUAGGUGUAGAGAGCUGAGAAAGGGAAGAGAAAGCAGCUAUGAGACUUCUGAACUGGGACAGUCUUAUCUGGAGAAGGUCUGUGAUUUCGAUAAAGAAUACAAGCUUGCGGAUGGUGAUAAUAAGGCGAGACUGGAGUUGCUUCGUGGUUUUUUCUUUUACUUGGAGAAUAUUUCUCUUCCUGGUGCUUUCAAGCCUUGGUUACCAGAGAACAGGAAGAAGCUGGGACAAAGAGAGCAACGCUCGCAACCUUAA